GUAGGAGGAUAGCUUUUGAAUCUGUGGUAGAGGUAACGGUUUUUGGCCGUUGUCGCUCCAGAAGGCUGGAUUCGUCUACUGGUGUUGCGUCCUCUCCGGAGGCCGGUGUGUCAGGCCAUGAUGCAGGAACAGGAGUAGGUGGUUUACCUGCCCUGGGUGACCAGGCAGUUUCACAAAUAAGUCCUCCAGCAAGCUUAAAUAUAAAUAGGCCCAACUCAGAGGAAGUGGAGUGCUGCUGUUGCACAAAAAAGAUGUCUAGCGGCUCCAGUGAAGCUGAUGUGAUAAGAACACGAAUACCUGCUUAUGAUGAUGAUAAUACUGUUCUUUAUGCAUAUGAACCAAACACUGCAUAUAUCAAUAAUCAGGAAAACGCUAUGUCUGAGACCUCCUACAACGAAGAGCAGCAAAAAACAGUGCUGGACGUCCUUACUCACUGUCAGGUCAUCUAUGAUGCUAUUCAAAACCUGGAUAAGAAAUUUGAUGUCAUUCAUGGAAAAGUUUCAAAAAUCCACCGUUUUCGUGCAAAAGCAUUGUGGCAAAAUCGCAAGCCACUUGGAUAUGCCUACAAAAAUUAUAGUUACCUGCUUUCCAGAAAGAUCAAAUUCCAGAAAAUGAGAAAAAAGGAGCCUCCUUCUUCAUUCUCUUACCCUGAAAGUUAUAGCCCAACUAUGCCAGUAGAAAGGCCCACAAGUGGUUCCCCACCCAAUAUUAUAGGAUCACCUUACCGUUCAGAGGUGGGGUCCCCAGAACAGGAUCGAGAGUCAUUCCUCCAGGAGCAGGAGCCAAACCUGAGCCAGAGUCCGCCACCUACCACCAUCUAUUCUUCACAUUCAUUUCAGCCAUAUUUCUCAUCUAAAAAGCCAGUGCAGGGCUCCUCUUCCAUGCCCUGCUAUCAUAGCCCUGGGGCCCAUAGCAGCAGCAUGUUCUCACCUACUCGUGCUUCCACAGCAACACCUGGUGCCAUGAUGGCACAAGGUGAACCCAGUCUGAUACAUAACCCUGAGAUGAUGGCUUAUCCAACUUUAAUGGAAAACCAGAGCCUCAACCAUGCUGCCUCAUCUCAUUGUAUCCCACCCAACUUUGCUACAAGUUCACCAAUUCGAGCUAACCCAGGUUUCCUGAAACGAGGCUUCCCAGAUGACCCUUCAACCUGGUCCGUAGAUGAAGUGAUCGAGUUUCUGAAACAUAGAGAUCCUCAGACACUCAACCCCAUUGCUGAUCUUUUCAGGCAACAUGACAUUGAUGGGAAGGCUCUGCUAUUGCUCAAGAGUGACAUGAUGAUAAAGUACAUGGGGCUGAAGCUAGGGACAGCCGUGAAGUUGUGCCACUACAUUGAUAAGCUUAAAGAAGAAAAAUUCUUUAACAAUUAAAUACAUGUUUGUGUAAGUUUAGCUUGGAUUUCAUUCAGGGAGACAAGUGCCAUCUUGGUGUAAAAUCAUUUUUUUGCCCUUAGAAGUUUUUGCUGUGUAGAAGGUUCCUCUAAAAAUAUGUUCUAUCCAGAAUUGCAGAUCUAUGUUACAGUCUGGUCUACUAUUAUAGAAGCCAUUUAACAUGUUACUAUUGGCAUAUUCAGACUGGGAGUUUGUUCUUCAUAUCAGUUUAUUAUUUUCAUUUUAUAGUUUACGAAUGUACUUCAUACAGGAAAGAGAAACACCUCUAAUUUUUGUUCAUCUUUAUCUAUAGAACCAAAAUAGCUGAAUCCCAAAGAGAAAAUACUAGAGAUUGACAAGUUCUCUAAUAAAAUCCAUGGGUUUUUCUUACAAGAAAACUUAAAGAUGCAACUAUAGAUAGAUAGCAUCUUUCUAAAUGUUUGUUACUGUAAGGUUCCGUUCAUGUGCUACCAGUUUCCCAAAAGGGAAAGCCAUAUUAUUUCUAUAUAUGUUAUAUUCCUACUUAAGAUUAAAAGCAACCUUACAAACCUUUCAUGAAGUAUUCUUACCAGUUUUUAGAUAAACUGUCAGAUAGAACGGUUAUUUUAUGCAAGUGGUACUUAUUUUAAAACUUAGAUAUUUUGCCUAAGCUUGGACAUUUCACUAGGCAUUCAUUGCUCACAUCUCUCUGUAAAGAUGCCUGUGUCCAAAUACUUAAAAGAUAUAUAUUUUAUUGUGUUCAAAAGGAUACUGUUCCAUAUUUAUAUUUUGUUCUAUAGAUGAAGUAUACACAUAAGUAAAUCUUUUCUUUUAGAAUUUAAAAAUAGCACUUUGUACUUCCACAGAGGUAAAGAUAAUCUAUUUUUAGUGAGAUGUUUUUAUUCUGUUUACAAUACUCACAUCAUUUGCCAUCACUAGUACCUCUUAACUGACUCUUCAGGGUUUCCAUACAUGGAAGUUCUCUGUUUUGUGCAAUGUUCCUAAUUCAUUUGCUUUCUGAGCCAUUUGUCCUACUAAACUUUAGAAGAUACAUUAGUUCUGAUAUGUCAUUUUAGACUUUAUUUUAAAAACUAGAACUUUUAAGAGAAACAUGUUCAUUGUUACUGUUUUAUUAUUUAUUAUCUUAUAUAACAUUUGAUGUAGUAUUUAUAAGCUAUAAGAAUCGGUGCUAAGUGUAUUAGCCAUUUGUUACAAAUGCCAAUAAAAUGUUCACCAGGGGCAAAAAUGUACAUUUUCCUUUUUGAAAACCAAAUGUACUUUAUAAACAAAACCAAUUAUUUACUGGGCACAUGAUUUAAAAGGUGCUUUUUAAUGUUCAUUUAUGUUAUUUCUUUUUAAGACAAGAUUCUAUCUUAAACUUGAUCUUCUCUCAAAUUGUUUGUGUGAAGAUGCUGUGCCCAGUUGAACAGUCCUCAGGUGUUUGUAUGAAUACUGUGUUUUACAAUUUUCAGAUUUUAAAAUAUAAUAAAGUUUUAAAACCACAAUAAUGAA